AGUUAUCAAACCGACUCGAUAAGGCACAAAAAUAAACAGAAGUCUCUUCUUUUAGAUCGAUCUAUUCCUUCUCAUGCAAGAAUCAUCAUCGUCCAUUGCGUCAUCCGGCGACUGAAGGUCUCAGAUCUCAAGCGGAACCAGACAACGGAUUGUCCACAAGAUGGUUCUUGAUGUUUUUUGGGGGUUUAUUUGAUAGAUCGAUCUGGGGAUAAAGAAAGCAGAUAACAAUGAGGAAGGUUUGAAAUUGAAUACUUUAAAGAAGUCUUUGCCUAUAGCUAAUCCUGAGGGCUCAAAUGAACUAGGGAACAUUGCUAUCCGAUUUGAGGAGAUAAUAUAUACUGCUGCCACUGAUCAGCUGGACAUCAGCAAAGACCUGUUGCACCACUUCAACCACAUCCAGUUGUUACUAGCACACCUGGAAUUUCAGCAUCACCUUUGCUAGCAGAUUGCACCAGUCAAGACAGGAACCAGGCUAAUGUACCAGCAACAUCUGAAACAAGUACAACAGAACAGCCUAUGGAUCGCCUAAUUAAAGUGGCACAGUCAGUGACACCGGAUACCCUUAGCUCAUCUGUUAAUGAUAUUGGAUCCAUUGUAAGUAUGAUUGACCGAAUGGCAGGUUCAGCACCUACCAAUGGUUCGAGAGCUGCUGCUGGUGAAGAUUUGGUUGCAAUGACAAAAUGCCAUCUGCAAGCGAGAAACGUCAUGUCAAAAGACGGUGGUGCUACUAGAAAGAAAAUGAAGCGCCACACAGUUGCAAUGCCCUUAAAUGAUAUUUCUUCACCUGGAAGCGAUGAUGACAGCUUUAAGCAAUUGCAUGAUUUUGAAUCAUCAGAGCUAGAGUCUUCUGCGACAUCUCGUAUUAAGAGGUUAAGAUCUGAGGUCAACCAUAGAUUACUGGAAGAGAUAUGGAAGAUAAAUCAAAAGCUGAUUGAUACAGUGCUUGAGAUGAGUGAAAACAAUGAGGGUGAAGAAGGAAUUAUGGUUAAAUUUUCUUACACCGCUAUUGCCCUCAGUCCAGGCUUGAAAGCACAGCUUGCAUGUACACAGACGUCCCCCAUCAUGCAUCUGAGAUUACUGGUUCCUGCCAAUUAUCCAGAAUGCUCACCAGUCCUUUUAGACAAGCUUCCAGAUUACCCCAGUAAUGGCUUUGAAGAUCUUUCAACCAAGGCAAAGUCAAAGUUCAGUAUUUCUCUCCGGAACUCAACACAACCAAUGUCACUUGAAGAGAUGGCAAAAACAUGGGAUAUUUGUUCUCAGGAAGUCAUCUUAGAAUAUGCUCAGCAAACUGGAGGAGGAAGCUUUAGUUCCACUUAUGGUUCAUGGGAAAAUAGGAUUGCCGCUUGAUCACCAUGAUGGAAGCACAUCUUGGCAAUCACAACUUUACAAGUAAAUAUAUCAUUCACAAUACACACAGCAGCAAAGACUCGCCAGUCGACAAAGAGGCUGGCACUCAUAUACAACCGGAGACAUACAUGAAGUGAACGCAGGGUAUUGUUGCAUGAAUUUUGUAGCGAUGAUACAUCAAAUACACUUCUACUCUUUGUGACAAAUUCUACCAAUCCCUGCUAGUAACUCAGUUUAUACCCUAGUUCGCCAAGAAGCAAGAUGAAAAUUUUCCUUUCUAUUUCUUUUUGUUGCUUAUGAGUUGCGAGAAAUCCAGUAAAUACACCAAAAGAACUUAAAAAGGGUUAUAUAUCCAUCUUUAUA